UUCGGCUGAACGCUGCCCUUUAUGCGUCCCCGAGCCUUUUGACUAAAGCCACCAGGAAAUGGAGCUCUCGUUACCUCUUCGCCUCCGGAGCAUCUCCGUACCUUCACUGCACAAACCAAAGGUGAGAAUUUCUCCGAGAAAUCUAUUGCCCAUACGUAUUCCCUACCCAGUCUUAUUCUCAUCUCCUACUCGAAUGGAAUCCCAAAUGCCUCUCCGCGCCACCCCCACCCAAGAGAACGGCUCCACAGUAACCGCGUCUUCUCCCAUUGAAUCCGGAGGAAGACAAGGUCGAAUCGGAGAAGUGAAGAGAGUCACCAAGGAAACUAAUGUCUCGGUGAAGAUAAACUUGGACGGUACUGGAAUUACUGAUUCUAGUACUGGAAUUCCAUUUCUCGAUCACAUGCUAGAUCAACUUGCUUCGCAUGGAUUAUUUGAUGUUCAUGUGAAGGCAACUGGGGACAUUCACAUUGAUGAUCAUCACACUAACGAAGAUGUUGCUCUUGCUAUUGGAACGGCAUUGCUGCAGGCUCUUGGUGAUAGGAGAGGAAUUAGUAGGUUUGGUGAUUUCUCAGCCCCUCUUGAUGAGGCACUUAUACAUGUGUCAUUGGAUUUAUCUGGGCGGCCACACUUGAGUUAUGAUUUGGAAAUUCCUACUGAGAGAGUUGGAACAUAUGACACUCAGCUGAACUCAUCUCUGGAUAUGAUGACUAGAUGUAAUAGAGUGCACAAUUUUGGAAAUUCUGAAAGCAGUGCUAUGGAUUUGGUGGAGCACUUUUUCCAGUCUCUGGUGAAUACUUCUGGUAUGACACUUCACAUUCGGCAGCUUGCUGGAAGAAAUUCACAUCAUAUUAUUGAAGCAACCUUCAAAGCAUUUGCUCGAGCUCUUCGACAAGCAACCGAAUAUGAUCCACGUCGCCUUGGGACUGUGCCAAGCUCAAAAGGGGUUCUGUCACGAGCUUGAUGCUUCUUGAUUAAUCAUGCAUUGGAUGGCUUAGGCUGGCCUUCGGGUGUUGCUGGCAGUGAAUAUAUUGUAUCAUGCAUUCACCAGUGAGAUGCAUGUUGGUGAUCUCUCAUAGCUUGCGUUAGCAAUAAUCAGUUGAGCUCCAUUUCAACAGAUAGUUUGUUAUUGUACAUCAUAGUUCUGCUGAAGGCUGUCUAAUUUGGGCAACAUAUGGAAGCUAUAAAGGAUGAGUGCUUUUAUGACUAGUUUGUGACUUGUUAACAUAAAGACAUUGAAUAAUGGUGUGUUCUGAACAUGUAUUCGUUCACUUAGCAGGAAAAAGUUGUAUGCACGAACAACAAGUGCUCUUCAUUUCUUAGAAACUCGGUUCUUAAUUUGUUAUUUGCUUUGUUAAAACCUGUCAUUUAUUGAAGUUUUCUUGA